AUGUUCUGGUGGAUUGGAGUGUACGCGGUGUUUUUGUGGUGCUACAAUGGAUUUCUGGAGUCCCUGUUGGGAAUCAUUUGGGGUUCGCUGAAGAACCUACUUAUUCGGGAGCGAUUCCCACAGAAAUAUGGGAAAUGGGCUGUGAUAACCGGAGCAACGGACGGCAUCGGUCGACAGUACGCUGAACAACUGGCUCGCAAGGGCAUGAACAUCAUGCUCCUUUCUAGAACUGAACACAAGCUGAUCGCAGUAGCCGCUGAAAUCGAACGCAAGUACGGCGUCCAAACCAAGUGGCUCGCUGUUGACUUUUCCAAAGGUCUCGAAAUCUACAAACCCCUCCGCGAGCAGCUUGCUUCGAUCGAGGUCGGCAUGCUUGUCAACAACGUGGGCCAUCUGCCGCCACCGUCACAGACGUUCGACGAAAACUCCGACCAAGAUGUAACCGCCACGAUCAAUCUGAACAUCGUUGCGACCACCACGAUGAUCCGGAUCGUACUCCCGGGAAUGCUACGGCGUCACAAAGGGAUCAUCAUCAACGUUUCGUCCUCGGCCGGGUACCACCCUGGCCCAGGCAUGACCAUCUACGCCGCGUCCAAAGCCUACACGACCAGUCUCGGGCUGGGACUGGCCCAUGAACUGCACGGAACGGGCGUCCAAUGCCAAACCGUUGCACCGUUCGUGGUGCUGACCAACCGGUCGCAGGACUUUGCCAAGCUACUGCCACGGUUUAUGGCCGUGCUCGACGUGGAACGGUUCGUGCGGUCGGCGGUGUUCACCAUCGGCAAGACGGCGCACACGUGCGGUCACUGGCUGCAUCCGGUGCAGAUAUUUCAUAUAAACUUGCUGCCGCAAAGCGUAAUGGCGCUAAGUGUCGGAGUGCUGCUGAAGCGACUCAGAAGUGUUUUGUUAAAACAAUAA